GUCCUCAUGAGUGACAUUGACUCUAGCUAAUGAAAUGAGUCAGGGGGCGGGAGCUGUGUGACUCCACCUGCAGUGGGUGUGGCUUACAGAAGACAACUAAGGCGACCCUUCAGGGGAGGGGUUGGAGCGGUCGCUAAGGGUUGCCUCCCUCUUGUGGGUGGAGCUCUGAGCGCGCGCUGCUCUAUACUGUCCUUGUAUCGGUGUGGCUGCAGCAGGCCUCAGCGCGCUGCUUCGCCUCAGUCCUAGCAGCCGGUGGCUCCAUGGAGGCGACAGGUCCUAGUAGGCAGCGCUCCAUCUUGAUCCCUAUGUUGGGGUGCCCCUUCUGGAGCUGACAGACCCAUCCCAGUGGGAGGCGGCUCCAUGGAGAAGGCAGGUUUCACCAUGCACUGAGCUAUCGUAAUCGCAGCCGGGUGGGGCCACCUCAGAGGCCGGGUGGCUCUCGGGCUGCGUGACACUCAUGAGCUGAGUGGCCUAGGUCUCUUCCUUACCGUGGGAGGUACGCAGAGCUCGGGUCCCAGCCAGCAAUGCUCUGUCUUAAAACAAGCAGCACCGCAGCCACUACAAAAAUACAACAGCUUUUUCCAGCCUGCAGCUCUUCCUAUCUGGGCUAAGCGGCUGGGCUUCCAUCGUUGGUGCUGUUGCUGACAGACAGACCUGAUUGAAAAAUGGGACUGCUGGGUGCCUGAAUUGUGAAACUCUACUUUUCUCAAAUGUGGGGAGGAACUUUCAUUGAAAUGUCAGGCUUUUUUCCAACUAGUCAAAAAUUCAUUGAAACUUUGAAGAGUUUUCAAGGGCUGUAGUGUUGGACAAUAGCUCAGAGGGAACGUUCUGGAACUUCCCAUACUCAACUAAGGAAAACCAUUGUCAGUUGACUGAGAAGCAAACAAUCGAGUCUUGAAAGGGCAUCCUAGAGAAAGGCUUGAGUGAAGGAUACUUCAUCAGUAUUGUGAAAUAAUUCAGGCGAUGGGGAAAUAAAAGAUUUUUGGCCCCAUCCUAAAAUCAAAUAAAGCGUGGAGCCUUUCAAUCCAUGCUGAACUUGAACUGACUUCAGUGAACCUGUGUGGCAGCGCAAGGCUCCACUCACAUGAAUCCAAUGGUGAAUUUAAAUGGGAAGUGAAAAUUUUCAAACAAGUAUUUGUAGAGGAGAAAAUCUCUUCAGCAGUCCUAAAAAAACAAGAAUUAGCAUCCAACACAUCUCAAGAUACAGCUACCGGAGGAAUCUGGGAACAGACCUAUUCAGUAUCAUUUUAUCAGAAAUUCACUUGGCUGAAGAGGAAAUAAAAGCAGAGCAGGAGGUGGUGGAGGGGAUGGAUAUCUCCACUCGAUCCAAAGAUCCUGGCUCUGCCGAACGCACAGCACAAAAGAGGAAGUUUCCCAGCCCUCCACACUCUUCCAAUGGCCAUUCCCCGCAAGAUGCAUCUACGAGCCCUAUUAAAAAGAAAAAGAAACCUGGCCUAUUGAACAGUAACAAUAAAGAGCAGUCAGAACUAAGACAUGGUCCGUUUUACUAUAUGAAGCAGCCACUCACCACAGACCCUGUUGAUGUUGUACCACAGGAUGGACGGAAUGAUUUCUAUUGCUGGGUUUGUCAUCGGGAAGGCCAGGUCCUCUGCUGUGAACUCUGUCCUCGGGUUUAUCAUGCUAAGUGUCUGAAACUGACAGCGGAACCAGAGGGUGAUUGGUUUUGCCCAGAGUGUGAGAAAAUUACUGUAGCAGAAUGCAUAGAAACGCAGAGUAAAGCUAUGACAAUGCUCACCAUUGAACAGCUAUCAUACUUGCUCAAGUUUGCACUACAGAAAAUGAAACAGCCAGGGACAGAGCCAUUUCAAAAGCCAGUUUCACUGGAUCAACACCCAGAUUAUGCAGAAUAUAUCUUUCAUCCAAUGGACCUUUGUACAUUAGAAAAGAAUGUUAAAAAGAAAAUGUAUGGUUGCACUGAAGCAUUUUUGGCUGAUGCCAAAUGGAUUUUGCACAAUUGCAUUAUUUACAAUGGGGGAAAUCACAAAUUGACACAAACAGCAAAAGUCAUAAUCAAAAUCUGUGAACAUGAGAUGAAUGAAAUCGAAGUGUGUCCAGAAUGUUAUUUAGCUGCUUGCCAAAAACGAGAGAACUGGUUUUGUGAGCCUUGUAGCAAUCCCCACCCUUUGGUCUGGGCUAAACUCAAAGGCUUUCCAUUCUGGCCUGCUAAAGCACUGAGGGAUAAAGAUGGGCAAGUCGAUGCCCGUUUCUUUGGCCAACAUGACAGGGCCUGGGUUCCAAUAAAUAAUUGCUACCUCAUGUCUAAAGAAAUUCCUUUUUCUGUGAAAAAGACUAAAAGCAUCUUCAACAGUGCAAUGCAAGAGAUGGAGGUUUAUGUGGAGAAUAUUCGUAGAAAGUUUGGAGUAUUUAAUUACGCACCUUUCCGGACACCGUAUACUCCCAACAACCAAUACCAAAUGUUAUUAGACCCUACAAACCCAGCAGCUGGAACUGCAAAGACAGACAAACAAGAGAAAAUCAAACUGAACUUCGACAUGACAGCAUCACCCAAGAUUCUAAUGAGCAAAUCUAUGCUGAGCAACACUGGUCGAAGGAUUUCCUUGACAGAUAUGCCACGGUCACCAAUGAGUACAAACUCAUCAGUUCACACUGGAUCCGACGUUGAACAGGAUGCAGAGAAAAAAGCAACCUCCAGUCAUUGUAGUGCAAGUGAAGAGUCCAUGGACUUCAUUGACAAGAGUUCAGCUUCUCCAGCACCAGCAAGGACGGGCCAAACAGGGAGCUUAUCAGGCAGCCCAAAACCUUUCUCUCCUCAAGCCUCAACACCUAUUGCUGCUAAGCAAGAAAGAACUUCCACUCCAGGAAGCAUUCUGAACCUUAACCUUGAUCGCAGCAAAGCUGAGAUGGAUCUGAAAGAACUGAGUGAAUCAGUCCAGCAGCAGUCCACACCUGUGCCGCUAAUUUCACCAAAACGACAGAUUCGCAGCAGGUUCCAACUUAAUCUUGACAAGACAAUAGAGAGUUGUAAAGCACAGUUAGGAAUCAAUGAAAUCUCUGAAGAUGUUUAUAACGCAGUAGAACAUAGUGACUCUGAGGAUUCUGAAAAAUCAGACACUAGUGACAGUGAAUAUAUCAGUGAUGAUGAACAGAAAUCAAAGAAUGAUCAGGAAGAUGGAGAGGACAAAGAAAGUGGAAAAAGUGACAGAGAGUCACUGACCAUGAAAAAAAAACCUAAACCCUCAGCUCCUGCUGAAGUCAAAGAGGAACUUAAAAGCACAAGUCCGGGAGUGGAGAAAACAGAUGUCCCUGUCAAAGAAAAGGCGAAUACAGACUCUGAGAAAGACUUUUCUGAAAAGGGAAAAAAUUUGCAGCAUCCCGCAAAAGAAAAACUGAAAGGUAAAGAUGAGACAGACUCUCCAACUGUGCAUCUGGGUCUGGACUCUGAUUCAGAGAGUGAACUUGUCAUCGAUCUGGGGGAAGAUCCUUGUGGGCGUGAGGGACGGAAAAACAAGAAAGAAUCUAAAGAACCACCUCCUAAGCAAGAUGUUGUAGGUAAAGUUCCACCUUCUUCCAGUGCAAGCAGUCAGCCUCCACCUGAAACUCCUGUGCUUACCCGGUCUGCAGCCCAAACUCCACCAGCUGGAGUCACAGCUACUACCAGUGCUACUUCUACUGUCACUGCUCCAGCAGCAGCCACAGGGAGCCCUGUGAAAAAGCAGAGGCCACUUCUACCUAAGGAAACAGCCCCUGCUGUGCAGCGAGUAGUGUGGAAUUCUUCAAAUAAAUUUCAGACGUCGUCUCAGAAAUGGCACAUGCAAAAGGUACAGAGGCAACAGCAGCAGAGCCAGCAGUCUCAACAAUCACAACAACCUCAGUCUUCUCAAGGGACAAGAUAUCAGACAAGACAGGCAGUAAAAGCUGUACAGCAAAAAGAGAUCACCCAGAGCACUUCCACAUCAACUAUCACCUUAGUUACAAGUACUCAGCCUGUUUCUAUGGUUACCAGUUCUGGAUCUUCAAGUACACUUUCUUCUUCAAUUAAUACAGAUUUGCCAAUAGCAACAGCUUCAGCUGAUGUGGCAGCAGAUAUUGCAAAGUACACUAGCAAAAUGAUGGAUGCAAUAAAAGGAACAAUGACUGAAAUAUAUAACGAUCUUUCCAAAAAUACCACUGGAAGUACAAUAGCUGAGAUUCGUCGUUUGAGAAUCGAAAUAGAGAAACUUCAAUGGUUACAUCAGCAGGAACUCUCAGAAAUGAAACACAAUCUUGAAUUGACAAUGGCAGAGAUGCGGCAAAGUCUCGAGCAGGAGCGUGAUCGUUUGAUUGCUGAAGUAAAGAAGCAGCUGGAGUUGGAGAAGCAGCAAGCUGUGGAUGAAACCAAGAAGAAGCAGUGGUGUGCCAACUGCAAGAAAGAGGCCAUCUUCUACUGCUGCUGGAAUACCAGCUACUGUGACUACCCCUGCCAGCAAGCUCACUGGCCUGAGCAUAUGAAAUCCUGCACACAGUCAGCUACUGCAACACAACAAGAAACAGAUACAGAAAUGAACUCAGAAACAUUAAAUAAAUCGUCCCAGCCCAGCUCCAGUGCACAGCCUCCAUCCACAGAAACAGCCAGCACCCCAAAGGAAAAGGACAGUGCAGCUGAUAAAAACAAAGACUGUGUUACAAUAGCAACAGGUGUGACAAGCAACCAGCCUAUAAAACUGGUCCAGGUACCGCAGACCACCACCUAUAUUCCAACUACUCAACCCACAAUUACCAUUCCUGUAGUGGUAAGUCCUUCUGCUGGGACAGUGGCAAUGAGAACUGGAGUUCAGUAUGUUCAGACCACAAUGCCAGUCCAAGUACGAAGAGUCUAACUACUAACAAGAAGCCCAGGCGACUGUUGGAAUAAAUAACUAAUAAAAAUCUGUCUAAUAGAAAUGUGAAAUAAACACAGUUCUUUGGAUUAACCUCAAAGGUUCAGACUUUAGCUUUGUAUAUGUGUACAAAGCAUUAACUACACUACAUUAAUGUAAAGCAUUAGCGCUGGCUUUAAAAAGCUGAGGACAGGUAAGAUCCAUGUUAAAUCUAUGCUUCGGUUGUAAAUAAUGUACAAUUUGUGGAUGUCAUUAAAGUUAGAGUACCAUCUCCUUUUUAUAUUUGUAUUGACUUUAACUUAUAAAGAGUGUUUGAAGUUGGUAAAGGAAAGACUAAAACAGCCUUAUCAUGAACGAACAUUGAAAACUGGACUUAAGGAACUGCAGUUGCACAUAAAAUCACUUACUUUUUAGUUAUCAAGAGAGAAUCUGAUCUUCUUAAUUUGCAUUUGGUAAUUAAAACAAUUGUGCACUUUGAAACUCAAUUAAAAUUUCUUUUUGUGCAACUAAAGUUAAAAAUGUACCUUUUAAAAAUUCAUUUUAUUAGGCAAAUUAUGAAAUUUCCAAUCUGUGGACCUGAAGUACACAAAGAGGGUAUUUUUUGUUUUUUACAGUGACCAGAUUGUUAAAAAUGAAUAUUGUUUACAGGAAACAGCUUAAAUUUCAUUCAGCCUAACAGCAGAAGAGUAGAAAGAAUAAUACCAACUAGUUGGUAACAUGAUUUCUGAUCAGUAGUAUCAGAUGUGAGAAAGGUGGAUUUUUUUCCUAUGGUUCAUAGUUCAGUUUUUUUUAAAAUCCUCUAUAAAGAACUUUGAAAUGCUUUUCAAAUGGAACAAGAACUUGAUUUGGAGAAGACUAUGUAUCAGGAAACAUGGGCAAAGGACUUUUGAUGCUGGGCUAGAGCAUGUAUUAUUUAUAUGAUGGAAUUUAUGUUUUUAUGUAAGCAUGAAACAGUACAGUAUGAGAGAAAGUAACCCAUGAAAAUUCUGUCUGUUACACUUAUACUGUAGUAUCAUUUUGUAUGUUGUGUAAAACGAAAGCAUUGAACAAAGCAAAGGUGAUGUAUGUAUAUGAGAAAAUUAACUGUAUUAUAUCAUUCCAGUACAUUUUGUUGUACAUUUUAGUCAUGUUGAUUUCUCCCAUUGUUUAUAAAAGGAUGCAGUUUGUACAGUCUCCAGCUAGUUACCCACAUUAGAGGAAGAAAAAAAUCGAGAACAGAAUAUUCGUGAAUUGCAGUUGUGUCAAAAAUAGCCUAGCUGGCCUUAUUUGUGAAGCAUAAUUGCUUUUAGCAUAUGGAAGUAUUUUUUCACAUUUUCUUUGUAUAAAAUUUGUAUUAAACUUAAAUAUCUUUUUGA